UCAGCGUGGCGAGGUGCUGAGUCGUCAGUCUGACAGAUCGUCAGCUGACACAUUUUAUGCCUCAGAAACUGCGGAAAUAGCCAAGUAAAGUCCUUUCUCUCUGCCUUUUCAUUCAAAGUCUGACGGUGGAUUGAAUCAUCCUCUCCAGCAGAAUAUGUGGACAGAUGGAGCCGUCACACAAACCAUUGGAACGACCAGUCAACCGGCCAACUUCACCUCUUUGUGCCCUAAUGGAUCCAAAUGGGUUUGGGAAGGGCUUGGGGAAUGUGCCCAGGAUGCGAGGGAUAUGGCCAGUGUCUACUUAGGCCUCCUGUCAAUCCUGUGCUUCAUGGUGUCUUCUCUUCCACAGUACUACAGCUCGUGCAAAAAGGGCAAUAUGGACAGUGCCCUUUCUAUUUGGUUCCUGCUACUGUGGUUGGGAGGUGACAGUUGCAAUCUAGUGGGCUCCUUCUUGGCAGACCAGCUUCCACUUCAGACAUAUACAGCCAUUUAUUACGUUUUGGCUGAUUUACUGAUGCUGGCCAUGUACUCAUACUACAAGAUGAGGAACAAAAUGGCUGAAAACAGUAGGGUUUUGAGGGUGGUAGGUGUAGCCUGCGUCCUGGGUUUCACCGUAAACCUCGUCCACCCUCCUGGGUUUGGCACCCAACAGGAAAUGAUUCCUUCUGGGUUCAGAAGUCGGGCCUUGCUCUCAACUUCUGAUGUCAGCCAUAUCAAGGCUUUUACCACUAAAGAGAUUAUUGGUUUCUCCAUCGGCUCAGUGUCGUCAGUGCUCUACCUCUGUUCCAGGCUCCCCCAGAUUUACACUAAUUUCAAGAGGAAGUCAACAGAGGGAGUCUCUUACUUCCUGUUCGCGCUGGUCAUCCUGGGAAACACCACAUAUGGCAUGAGUGUCCUACUGAAGAACCCUGAUGAGGGCCAAGGCGAGAAAAGCUACAUGGUCCAUCACCUGCCCUGGCUCAUCGGCAGCCUCGGGACCCUGUGUUUAGACCUGAUUAUCUCCAUGCAAUUCAUCAUUUACCGUAAAGCUCCGGAGGAGGCGAACAGCGGCUACGAUGAGACAACGCCACUGAUGGGGAGCUAAACCAACACACUAAGGCUGCACUGGUGGGAUACAAGCAGACACUCGCUUCCAAUGAACCCUCAAAAUCAUAUUUACAACACAAAAUCAAGAUGAACAAAACUGUACGUUAGUUUAAUUUUAUAGUUUUUAUUUAUUGUGCUCUUUUUUAUGUUUACAAUUAUUUUUUUAUCUGCAAAGUACAGUGGCAGAUGAAGUUCUUCACUUGAUUUCAGCUUCUGACUGACAGUGCUCUUUAUUUUUUUUUAUUAGAGUUUUAAAGGGAUAUUUGAGAGUUUCAGGUGUGGGACAUGAAACUCUUCCUGUCAACCUGAACUCCUCCUGAUUUUAGGUCACAACCUUAAUUUGAUGUAAGGCCUCUGAUAGAUAUCAGAAACCUGC